AUGGCUUCUUCCAUUUCCACCGACAAAGAGAUAGAAAAAGAGCUUCUUCCCCUUAUCAGAGUCUACAAGGAUGGCACCGUGGAACGUCUCCUAGGCUCUCCAAUUGUGCCACCUUCCCCUCAAGACCCUGAAACUGGGGUCUCAUCCAAAGACAUUAUUAUCUCAGAUAACCCUUACCUCUCUGCUCGCGUUUUCCUUCCAAAAUCCGAUCAAAAUCAGAGCCAGAAACUUCCCAUCUUUGUCUACUUUCACGGUGGUGGUUUUUGCGUUGAAUCAGCCUUCUCUUUAUACUGUCACCGCUACCUUAACAUCUUAGUUUCUCAAGCAAAUAUAAUAGCUGUGUCUGUGGAUUAUAGACUCCUUCCACACCACCCUCUUCCAGCAGCUUAUGAAGAUGGUUGGAGUACUCUCCAAUGGGUUGCUUCCCAUUCAACCAAUAACCCCACAAACACUGAGCCAUGGUUACUCAACCAUGGUGAUUUCGACAAACUCUAUAUUGGGGGUGACACCAACGGUGCAAACCUUGCACAUAACUUAGCUAUGCGUGCUGGCACUGAAACCUUGCCUGGGAAUAUUAAGAUAUUGGGUGCGUUACUCUGCAACCCAUUUUUCUGGGGUUCGAAGCCAAUUGGAUCUGAACCUGUUGAGGAGCACCCUACGAGUUUGGCCAUUAAAGUUUGGAACUUCGUAUACCCAGAUGCACCAGGUGGAAUCGAUAACCCUAUGGUCAACCCUUGUGGUCCUGAAGCCCCUGGCUUGGCUACACUUGGUUGUUCUGAGAUUCUGGUUUGUAUUACUGGGAAGGAUGAGUUUAGAGACAGAGAUAUUUUGUACUACGAGUCUGUGAAGAAAAGUGGAUGGCAAGGUGAAGUGGAACUGUUUGAUGCUGGAGAUGAGCUACAUGGUUUCCAGAUCUUCAAUCCUGAAACUGAUAAAGCUAGAGUCAUGAUCAAACGCUUGGCUUCUUUUCUCUCAUGA